GCAUACAUACUAAUUUCAUCCAGCACUUAAUUAGAUUGAGAUAUAGAAAUGGAAGACGUCUUGAUGUCUGAAGAUGGAACAGAAGAUGAAGAUGAUCAGAAGCAAAUACAAAGUGGUGAUACCAGGAAAAGUGAGAGGAAAAAAAGACCUCGUAUUUAUUAUUCUCCUGAACGGACAGAUGGCAAAAAGAGACGAAAUGGGAAAAGAAAUGGGAAUUCUGUUACUGGACCAAACAGAAAAUGUGAUUUGCUACCAAAUGGAGAACCAUUUAGUUGUGGUAGAUGUGGCUCCCCCUAUGUUGUUAACAAGAGAAGUAAGACAUCUCUGAAGAAUUGUCAUUCCAGACACCGCCCAUUGCCACACGAGUCCUUAGAUCCUCUCACAGGAAAAAAAAUAUUAAUAUGCAAUCAGUGCUAUCUUGUAUUUGUCAAAAAGAAAUCAAAGAAAACUUCUUGGGUCAAGAAACCUGAUCCGUCAGUAAAGGAGGAAUAUAUAAGGCAGUGUAAAGCCGAGGCCCUGGAGAUAGCUAACAGACUGAUGAGACCAGAAGCAAACAGGCUGUAUUGUCCAGAGUAUACAAAGGAACCCUGUGGCUGUAUUCAGAAAUAUAUUAGGAAUCAAGGAAACCCAGUCCAAGCAGAUCUGAGAGCUAAAGAGCUGUGUGAUUUACUUCAGAAGGCAACUGAACUUAGCAAGCUUAAAUGUUAUCAGCUACCCGAAUUAUGCAGUGAUGACAAACAAGUUAAGAAGAAUGCCAGAAAAAAAAUCUAUGUAGGACUAGGAAAUGGCCACAAGAGGUCUCGGGCUUUUGAAGUGUUUGUGUUGGAGAAGCGACAGUACCUGAGGGACGUGAUGAAGCUGUGUGAGAGGGGAAGUCAAAGAGUUCUCAUGUAUUCCAAUAAUUUCCUCCACAAAAGGUUAAAAACAGAGGAGGAUAGCUGUCGUUUAGUUAUGCAGAGAAACAAACGCACCAUGGGAUUGUUGACUGCUUUUGAAGAUUUCUCAAAAAAUAAAUGCUGUGUUGACUGUUGUGUCAAAAUGGCAGAUACUCAUCGCAGACUGCUGAUGGAUUGGAGAGAAAGAGCAAAGAAAAGUCAGUCAGAGGCAAGGAGGGUGAUAGCUGAAAUGUUGAUUCCUUCAGCUGGAUGUAGAAGGAAUUGCUACAGCUUUAUCAACAUGGUGACUGGCUCUUCUAGAGGGAUCAUCUCAAAGGUUAAUCAGCAAAUGUUGUGGACAGGAGGGGAUCGAGAGCCUCCAGAGCAUGGAUUGGUCAAAUAUAAGAGAACUCACAGCAGCAAGUCCAAAGUCCAUACUCACCCUGCCCAGAAACCAAAAGUGACUACAGCAAAUGUCUCUACAACUAUAAAACCAAGACUGGAGAUGAACAACACUUAUGUACAGCCAGACAGUGGAUUAGUUCAAGGAGCACCUCAUCCACAUGUCCAGACAUUUAAUACCCAAGAACCAAGACAAGCAGCAAUGACUAGUACUGAACCCCAACAACAACAACUACUUCAGCUACAACAGAUAUUUGAACAUCAGCAACAGCAGCUGAUACAACAACAGCUUUUACAACACACACUUCUUAAUGAAAAGAUGGAAAGCUCUACCACUCAGAAUGUCAUCACAAUUCAGCAGUUAAUGGACCAGAUGAGUGCCCAGGUGAUGAAUACACAGUUACAACUUCAGCAGUCUCUUCAACAGCUUAUUGGCAUGGGGACUCAGUCCAAUCAAUCAGCUGUUCCUACAUCAACUGUCAAUCAAAACAAAUUGUUAACUCAAGCAAAUCAACAUCAGAAGAACAGCCAACUGGAAAAUCCACAAAUUAUUCCAUUUUAUCCGAUGGCAGUCCAUUCAAAAAAUACGACUGAUCAAGAAAACAUGCAGGAAAUAUCUGCAGGUACCUUAAAUAGACAACAACCAACAGAGGAGCAUUCUCUCACAGGCCAGAGUCAGCAGCCAGUAUACAUCCAAGUAAACACAGCUGGCGGUCAAGGUACUUAUAUACAGGGAUUCCCUCAGAACCAGACAUCAACCAAUAACCAGGCCGGUGCUUUGGUGUACUCUAGUGAACAUUCCACAUUUAUUCCAUACAACCAGACCAGCAUUCAUUCUGGUAAUAGCACGCCCAGUGUUGUGACAAGUGGAAAUUUAUCUGUCAGUCAGACAGCCAACGGACAAAAUCAGACAGCAGCAAUGAGUAUGAAUUCUCUACACUUAAAUAGCAGAAAGCCUAAUACAAGCUCAGCUUUUGUAACUGUGUCCAAACCCUCAGUCCAUAUGGCUGCUAGCAACCAUAAUGUGGUUCAACCAUCACAAAUAACAAUUGUAUAUCCUGGGUGCAACACCUUUGUAAAGCAGUGUGUUCCACGAUCUAAGAGUUCUGUGGUAACUGAAACAGUAGCCAAUGUACCGAAGAAUGUUGCAAGUGUCCAAAGUCAUUCAAAAAGUCAGACUUUCUCAAUUGCUCCUUCUGCCAAACAUGUGAUUUCUCAAAAUGUGGGGAAACAAUCUUCUGUUAUCUCAACAAGUUCUGCAACUUUAAACACAACCAAUAGGUCCAAAGUAGGUGGAACUCCUCAACUUGUGCCAUCUGAGCAGACCCAGCAAAUGUUAAAUGAUUUGCCCCAAAGCUCAGACAAAGUGAUUCAAGUGCAUGCCAUUUCAGAUCCAAGCAUGCUUCUGAAACUUCUGGAGCAGACUCCUGGUCCUCAAACACAAACACCUGUUUCUGCUAAUCUACCAUGUUCAAAAUCGGUGCCUGUCUCCACAACAUUAAAUGUUCAUUCUGUCAAUGCAAGAAUGAAUUUUGUUACAAACGCUGGCCAGGAAAAUGCAGUAGUUCAAGGAAAUCCUACUCAAGUCAUACAGGUCUCGAAUGUUCAGACAGGCAUAAGUGGAAUGAACCAGCCAUCAACCCCUCCCUCCUACACCUAUAUAAUUAACCCCACUGUUCCCUCAGUGCAGCCUCUGUCUGUUGAUUUAGGUCAUCAAACAGUCGUAUCCCCAUCAAGUAUGGGCUCAAACACUCUAACAACACCUUCAGGUGCUGCUGACUUUGUAAAUCCUUCCACACUGGGAUUAGCUACUCCUAAUCCUCAAAAUUCACAACUGGUUGCCAUUGAUCCAAAUCUAUUAAUAAGACUUUGUCAACAGGCCUUUUCGUACCAAGCUCUGGACCCCAGCAAGGGCAAAGCCAAAAAAAUUCCUUGAAUUAAUAGUAAAUGAAAUUUUGAAUAGUUGUUUUAAACUUUGUUAUAUACAGUACAUAAUUAUUCAUUUAAUAAAUUGAAGUUUUGAUUCUA